GCAAGUGAAUGGUGGUCCUUCUUUUCAUUUCUUAACUCGGGUUGACGAUGAAGUUGUUUUUGGUACUUGUUUUAUUUAGUGGCAUAUCAGCCCAAAGAGGUGACCCAGGGCCUCCAGGUUACCCAGGAAUGCCAGGUGCGAAAGGCUGGACUGGAGAAAUAGGAGAACAAGGAGACCCCGGACAGUGUUCAUCUAAAGAUUGUUACUCUGACGGACAGCCAAGCAAAGGACAGCCGGGAAAUCCAGGAAUGAAUGGGGCAGACGGUAUGAAAGGAGAGACAGGACCACUAGGAGAAAAGGGUGUGCCAGGAAAAGAUGGAACACCUGGUAUGCCAGGUGAAGAUGGUGAAGAUGGACCAAAGGGUGAAGAAGGAGAAGAAAUGAUGGAUGGUCUAACUGGAGUAGACGGUUUAAACGCGACGUGCACCGCCGAAAACUGCAAACCCAGCAAGCCAAGUUGUCAAGAGACAAAACCAUCACCAAAAAUGGGAAAUUUGAAAUGUCCACCGGGUCAAUACAUGAGGGGUCUCCGAAUGGAUAGAUCAAAAAAGUACAUCAUCGAUUGCUGCUCACUGUUUUAAAAGGACAAUCUAGAAAUCCUUCGAAAACGAACGAUCGGGUCAUAAAAACAGUUAACUUGACAUCAAUUACAGUGAUAAGUGAUAACAGUAAUGAUAAUAACAGUUAUGAUAAUUAAGCUUUAUGUAAACCUUAAAACAUCAUUAGCCGAUUCUUUCAAUACAGAUCUUUUGAUACAAUAACUUUUUUACUAUCACAGUUCCAUCAACCGGAGAUAUGUAUUAAAACGUUGUUGUGAUAACUCUAUAAUUUCGAUAUAUUAUAUUCUGUCAAACAUGAUUCAUUUCUCAAUCUCC